GUCAAUAAAAUUGACUUUUGAAAUAUGUUUUAACUUUUAAUAUAUUACAUAAAUUUCACUAAAAAUAUUUAAAUUUAGUAAUUGGUUGGGGCACCUCUUUGCCCUUUCCCGACCAAAUAUGUUUUUGUAGUAGACGGUGAAGUCAUGAUUUCCCAAUCUACAUUAGUUUCUUUAAACUUGGUAUGGCCGUCCACAUUUCGCCGGACAUUUUUCUCAAGACCUGGGGCUUCAGAAGUUCUAACUGCAUAUUUAUUGCAAUGUAAAGAACCUCCUUGGACGUCUUACUUUGUUAAGUACAGUAGCGUAAAAGAUGAUCAAUUCGGGAUGUCAAACUUUAACUGGAAAGUUAAUAGCUCAAAUUAUGAAAUUCUAAGAACAGGCUGUUUUCCAUAUAUUAAAUAUCACUGCUCUAAGAAAAUAGAAGAAGACUUAAAUUUUUCAGACAAGUUCAUGAGAUUCAUCAAAGUAGCCAACUUUGGUAUUCCAUGCCUACUCUAUGGACUUGCAGCAACUCAGCUUAUUCGUCACAAGGAAAUUGUUUACACUGAUAAAGGGCCUGUGACUAUAUAUUUUUUGUUACCUGAACAUAAGGGGUCACAGUAUUGACUAAAAUAAAUGUUAUAAUAUAGUCAAAAGUAUAAAACUGCUUAUAAGUAAUAACAAAGAGUAUAUAAAUAUAAGAUAGUUUAUAUGUCUAGUCACAGAUUAUAAUAUAUAAUUUGCUUGUUA